AAAUUUUGUUCCUUUUCUUUGGCUCAGUACUGACAGCUUAGGAGUGUCAAGAGAACGGGGUCCAUUGAGAGAAAAGUAUAAGUGAGUAGAGCAAAGAUGUUCUAAGUCAGUAGAACAAGUAAAUCCCCCCACCCCCACCGUCACCUCUGCAGGGUUGCACAGUUCAGCAGAAGCUGAGCAGUGAAAGCAGUGAAACCACCCGCUCCACACAACACUCUCCUCUCCAGAAUCACGUGUGCACUUGGUGCUCGCUGGAACACCGGGGGAUCUGCAAACUACCAACAGAGGGGAGAGUGGAGCCUUUAACAGCGAAUCUGAAUCAGAUCAGAAAUGUUUCUGGGCCGUCGUUCAUUUUCAGACACACUAAUCUCUGAUCACCCGAUUACACCCAAACAGUGUCUUUAACGAGUAUUUUUAUUAUUAAAGAAAAUAUGUUGUGAGCUCCAUGUUCAUCAGAUCAGGAAUUGACAACCUAUUUCUGUCCGUCCUAAGAUGUUCGAAGGAAACACAAGGAGACUCUGCGGACACAAACUGAAAAACUGAGAGUGAACACGAUCCUGAUGAGUGAGAAGGUGAAGGUUUUCCAGCUGGUUGAUCGAUACGCUGAGCUCACGGUCAUUUCUACUGUUCGAGAUCGGACACUGGUGGAACAUGAGCUGCUGGCAAGAGGCAGAGACCACGAGCAGUGGAGAGAAAAAGAUCUCCGUGGUAAGCUGGAAAAAAUCCGGACUGAUCAGUUAUUCAAGAAGAGCUUUGUUCAAAAAUUGAAAAGAUCUAUCUUUAGAAACAAAUCCGGGAUGUCCGCAGCAGUGGCCGGAGUCCCAGGGAUCGGGAAAUCAACAAUGGUACAAAAGAUUGUUUAUGACUGGGCCACGGGGAAAAUAUACCAAAAGUUCCAGUUUGUCUUCAGUUUCAAAUUCCGGGAUUUAAAUGCCAUUAACUGCAGAAUAAACCUGAAAGAACUGAUUCUGCAUCAAUAUCCCUACUUUGGGAAUAUCCUGAGAGAGGUCUGGAAACACACAGAGGGACUGCUGUUCAUAUUUGACGGAUUGGAUGAAUUCAAGGACAAAAUCAACUUUGUUGAUGGUCGGAGAGACACAGAAUCACAGUACACAGAUCCUGAAUUCAAGUGCAACGUGUCUGACAUUGUGUACAGUUUAAUCCAGGGCAAGCUGCUCCCAGGGUGUUCAGUGCUGGUGACCACCCGUCCCACUGCGUUACAUUUAUUGGAAAAGGCAGACAUCAGUAUCUGGGCUGAAAUCCUGGGAUUUGUUGGCGAGGAACGGAAGGAAUAUUUCAUCAGAUAUUUUGAAGAUCAGACGGUGGCAGAAGCUGUUUUCAAACACGUGAAGGAGAACGAGAUCCUGUACACCAUGAGCUACAACCCAUCCUACUGCUGGAUCCUCGCUCUGGCACUGGGCCCCUUCUUCACACAAAGAGUCAGGGACCCGCAGCGAGUUCCCAAGACUAUCUCCCAACUGUACUCCUACUAUAUUUACAACAUCCUGAAAAACCACGGCCGUGAGAUUGAGAACCCCCGUGAUGUGUUACUCAGGGUUGGUCAGAUGGCCUUCAAAGGAGUGUCCGAGAGGAAGAUUGUGUUUACAGAUGGAGAUUUGAUCAAGUACGAUCUGCAGCCUUCCCAGUUCCUAUCCGGGUUCCUGAUGGAGCUUUUGGAGAGAGAGGAUUCUGCCCGGUGCGUGGUGUACACAUUCCCACACCUCACCAUCCAAGAGUUUGUAGCUGCAGUCGCACAAUUCCUGAAUCCACAUCCCGAGGAUAUCCUGAAAUUCCUUACAGAAGUCCACAGCACGACAGAUGGGCGAUUUGAGGUAUUUCUCCGUUUUGUUGCUGGUCUCUCCUCCCCAAUGACAGUUCGGGGCCUGGAGGAGUUUCUGGGUCCAUUUCCUCAUCAAACAACCUGCCGGGUGAUUGACUGGGUGAAGGAGGAGGUUAAACGCCAGAGUGGAAACACAGAGAGUGAAGCUGGUAAAAGGAGCCGCCUGAACACAUUGCACUACGUUUUUGAGUCUCAGAAUCGUGGGCUGGCUCAGGCCGCACUGGGAUCUGUGGAAACACUUUCAUUCCGUGGAAUGACACUGACCCCGAUUGACUGCGCGGUCCUGUCUCAUGUCAUCGGACUCUGUGAUACAAUAAAAAUCCUCGACCUGGGGAAUUGCCACAUUCAGUGUGAAGGAAUACAGCGGCUGGGACCCGGGCUGCACAAGUGCCAGGAGUUGAGACUUGGGCGGAAUGAACUGGGAGAUUCAGGAGUGAAAAUGGUGUCUGCAGCUCUGAGGAACCCGGAGUGUAAAAUACAGAAACUGGGGCUGAACAAUGUCCGUCUCACAGAUUCUGGUGCCGAGGAUCUCGCCUCCGCUCUCAGUGCAAACCCAUCACUGACGGAGCUGAACCUGAACAAUAACAAUCUGGGAGAUUCAGGAGUGAAUCUGGUGUCUGCGGCUCUGAGGAAGUCAGAGUGUCAGAUACAGAAACUGGAGCUGAGGAAUGUCGGUCUCACAGAUUCUGGUGCCGAGGAUCUCGUCUACGCUCUCUGUACUAUCCCAUCACUGACGGAGUUGGACCUGAGUGAAAAUAAACUGGGGGAUUCAGGAGUGAAAAUGGUGUCUGCGGCUCUGAGGAACACGGAGUAUAAAAUACAGAAACUGGGGCUGAACCAGGUCGGUCUCACAGAUUCUGGUGCCGAGGAUCUCGUCUCCGCUCUCAGUACAAACCCAUCACUGACGGGGCUGAACCUGGAAUCAAACUCUCUGACAGACCGAUCUGUCCCCGGUCUCCGCCACCUCAUACUGACCCUCCCGAAUCUGGAGCGGAUCCGUCUGUUCUGGAAUCCGUUCAGUGAGACCGGGGAGGAGGAACUGAAACCUCUGCAGGGAGUCAGACCCGGACUGACAGUGGAUCUGUGAACAUCUGAAUGUGGGGAAUCGGUUCAGUGCGACCGGGAUGGAGGAACUGAGAUCUCUGCAGGAACCCAGACCCGGACUGACAGUGUGGACCGUGUGAACAUCUGAAUGUGGGGAAUCCGUUCAGUGAGACCGGAGAGAAGGAACUGGGAUCUCUGCGGGAAGUCAGACCCGGACUGACAGUGAUCCUGUGAACAUCUGAAUGUGUGAACAUCCCCGCCCGCGGGAUGAGGACAUUUUGGCCGAUUCCCCGCCCUCCCCGUUAUCUCCCACCCUUACCUUUAAUGGCCGCGCGCCUGGUUCAACUCCCAACGUCUUUAACAGAACCGGCUCAGGCCUCGCGCUGUGUGUCGCUCAGAACGGUCCCGCCGUGACGUAUUUCUGCCUGUUGUCCGACGGGGCAGCUUCCGCCGGAUGUGCGUGUUCGAGACUCCCGCGUGAGACCCCGGAAAAUUACCCAGACAGGAAGAGCCCGGGUUCCAGGGCUCAGUCUGGGACACAGCUGUCCCGGGGUGGGAUUAUCCCGGGAGAGAAUCCUUUUGCUCCCUUUGCUGAGGACGGUGCAUUCGGCUGUCUG